AUGUCGACCACUACCACGAGCAGCACCUGUACCAACGCGAGCACCGGGUGGUCGCUGAUCGACAGCCGGUACCAAAUGAAGCGCAAGAUAGGCGCCGGCAGUUUCGGGCAAAUCUACUUCGCUGUGGACACCGUCACCGGCCAGGAGGUGGCCGUCAAACGCGAGUCACGUGACUCACGGCACCUGCAGUUGGCGCUCGAGCACGAGGUGUACCGGGCGUUGGCCGGCGUUCAGGGCAUACCCCGCGCCUAUUACUACGGCCAACACGCCGAGCAUAACGUGCUGGUGAUGGACCUGUUGGGCGAAUCGCUGGAACAGCUGUUCAACCGGUGCGGCCGCCGGUUUACGCUGAAAACUGUGCUCCUAUUGGCCGACCAGCUGUUGGCCAGAGUGGAGUGCUUGCAUCACAAACAUUAUUUGCACCGCGAUUUAAAGCCCGACAAUUUUCUCGUUGGCCGCACCGGUGACCACCGCUCGCGUGUCUACGCCAUCGACUUUGGUCUGGCCAAACGGUACCGCUCGCCGGCCAACACUCGGGCGCAUAUACCCUAUCGCACCGAUAAGUGCAUGAUUGGCACCGCCCGCUACGCCUCCAUCAACUCUCACUUAGGUAUGUGU